CAGAAAUGGCAAGGAAUCGUGUUCGUUAAACGUUACCGUUAUUAUAUUUAACGAUUUAUGAUAGUGAAGUGAUUCAGUGAGGAUACCAGAAAGAUACCAUGAACAAGCUCUCGCCCAACCGCUUUCAUCCUCCACUGUCAUCACUUCAAUCUACGACGGCCGCCGUCGCCGGCACCACCACCAAGUCAGUUAUUGCAACCAUCAACCGCCUCUCAUCCGAAGGCGCCCACCACCAAGUCUUACUCACUUACGCCUCCAUGCUAAAAGCCUCUAUUCUCGCCGACAACUUUACGUACCCCAGCCUCCUCAAAGCCUGCACUUCCCUUAACCUCUUCCGUCUCGGUCUUUCCGUCCACCAACACGUGCUUGUCAACGGGUACUUUUCUGAUCCUUACAUUGCCUCUUCUUUGAUAAGCUUCUAUUCUAAAUUUGGGCACACAGAAAACGCUCACAACUUGUUCGAAAAAAUGCAUGAGAGGAGUAUUGUCCCGUGGACAGCGAUUAUUGGGUGUUAUGCUCGUAGUGGUGAUAUUUGGAAUGCACUCUUCUUGUAUAAUUCUAUGCAACAGGAUGGGAUAAAGCCCAGUGCCAUUACUGUUUUGACAUUGCUUUCUGGGGUAACAGAGAGCAACCAAGUGAGAUGCUUUCAUUCUAGUAUUGUAAAAUAUGGCUUUACAUCUAACUUAGUUUUGAUGAAUUGUAUGUUAAGCUUGUACAGUAAAUGUGAAAGAGUUGGCUGUGCAAGGGACUUGUUUGAAUCCAUGCUUGAAAAGGAUAUUGUUUCUUGGAAUUCUUUGAUUUCAGGUUAUGUGUUGGAGGGGAACACCAAAGAAAUAUUGAGGCUUAUGCAUAGAAUGAGGUUUCAAGGUCUAGAUCCUGAUUCUCAAACAUAUGGGUCAUUGGUUUCUGCAAUUUCAAAAGAGGGUAGUUUUGAAAUUGGAAGAUUGGUGCAUGGUCAGAUCAUAGCAAACGGAUUUGAAUCAGAUGUACAUCUUGAAACAUCACUUAUAGUCAUGUAUCUUAAAUGUGGAAACUUGGAGGACGCGUUUAAUAUUUUUGAGAAAGCAAACAAUAAGGAUGCAGUUUUGUGGACAUCAGUUAUCUCGGGUCUUGUUCAGAAUGAAUAUGCAAACAAGGCAUUGGAAGUGUUUCGUUGGAUGCUGGAUUCGAGAACUGCACCAUCUACUAGUACCUUAGCCAGUGUACUUGCAGCUUGUUCACAGUUGGGUUUACUGAAAGUGGGAACCUCAAUACACUGCUAUGUACUGAGGCAGAGAAUCGUAAUUGACUCUCCUGCCCAAAAUUCUCUUGUCACUAUGUAUUCUAAGUGUGGCUAUUUAAAGCAAAGUCUCAUCAUUUUCCAUAUGAUAGAGAAAAAAGAUGUGGUAUCGUGGAAUGCCAUUGUUGCAGGGCAUGCUCAGAACGGACAUUUAUCAAUGGCUUUGCAUAUGUUUAAUGAAAUGAGAAUAACACAUCAAAAACCUGACUCAAUAACUAUUGUUUCUCUUCUUCAAGCUUGUGCCUCCACAGGAGCUUUCCAGCAGGGGAAGUGGAUCCACAACUUUGUUAUGCGGAGCUGUCUUGGACCUUGCAUUAUGAUUGACACUGCUUUGGUAGAUAUGUACUGCAAGUGUGGUGACUUAAACGCUGCAAGGAAGUGUUUCGACAGGAUGUUGGAACGUGAUCUGGUCUCGUGGAGCACGAUCAUUGCUGGAUAUGGUAGUCAUGGAGAAGGAAAGAUUGCGCUGGAGUUGUACUCGAAGCUUGUUGAAUGUGGGGUGAUACCAAACAGUGUCAUCUUUUUAACUGUUCUCUAUGCAUGCAGUCAUAAUGGACUUGUUGAGCAAGGCAUGAGGUUGUUUGAGUCUAUGAGAAAUGAUUUCAAAAUCGAGCCAGAACUGGAACACUGUGCCUGCAUUGUUGAUCUCCUUUGUCGAGCUGGUAGGGUUAAAGAAGCGUACGACUUCUACACAACAAUGUUCCCCGAGCCAAUGGUUGAUGCGUUGGGUAUAAUACUUGAUUCUUGUAGAGCGAAGGGUCUUGUAGAGCUUGGGGAUGUUAUUGCAAAGGAAAUUUCUGUGUUGGAACCUGAUGAUGCUGGAAAAUAUGUGCAACUGGCUCAUAGCUAUGCUUCAAAUACCCAGUGGGAGGGUGUUGGUAAGGCCUGGCUCCAAAUGAAAUCUCUUGGCCUGAAAAAACUUCCUGGUUGGAGUUUUAUCGAUUUACAGGGAAAUAUUACAACUUUUUUCAUGGGCCACAGUUCUCAUCCUCAACAUGAUGAUAUUGUGUGUGUUCUGAAAAAUCUGAGCAAGGAGAGCAGGGAACUGGUGUUCAUGCCAGACCUAGAAUUUUGUGACUGAUACUUAGAUCCUGCUUUUACAAGGAGCGUUAUGAAAAAUACUACUUGGACUCCCAGAUUUUACUCCCUCACACAAAUUGUUGAGGUAGACAUCUUUAUUGGUACCCACAGAAUGAAUAUAACUUAUAACAUCAGAUUGUAAAGUGAAGGAAUAGAACUUGAGAGUCCAUGUAUCAUAUAAUAUUCUUUGAGUAUGUAUUUAUGUAAAUUCUAUAAAUUUAUUUUUGAGCGAAAGAGAGCUCAUUAGGA